AUGAGUCAAGUUAUUUCUCAGCUUAUUGUUCAAGGAGAAACCGUUCCCGGCAGCAUCGACUGGCCCCCCUUCGCCUACAACACGCUCCUAAUCCCCACCGACGCCGCGCUGAGCGCCAGUGGCCUUCUCGUCGAGCCGAAAACCCCUCAAGAGGCACUCGACCUCUUUAAAAGCGUCUCCUACAACAUCAUCAAGGGCAUGAAGCCGUUCUCCCAGUUAAAGGCUCUUGCUGCUGGAAAGUCCGUGACGCUUUUGCUGAGCAACGGAAAGUUGUUUCGGCAGAAGGUGAAUCAUGGGUGGGGCUUAAAUCAAGGCACUGCUGUGGCGUUCGCGCUCAAGGGGAAGAAUAAAACUCAGUGGUCGAAGAUACUUGACAAAGAUCUGCACAAGGGAAGCAGUUUCAUUGCUCAUGGGGUUAACCGCCUGCAGACUACUGGUGCUGCAGGUGCUUGA